GCGGCGGCUCGGGGGACCGGGGCCUUUUGUUUGGAGCGGCGGCGGGGGGCCCCGGAGCGGCGAGGCCGGCGGCCUUCCCCAGCUAGCUCGGUCCCGGCCGCCCCUCGCGGGGCUGAGGGGCCACCCCCUGGGCCAGGCAUCGCCCCGGGCGCCGCCGCCCCGCCCUAGGCCCGCCCCGCCCGGCCUGAGGGGAGGAACCGGCCGGGCCUCUACCGCGCGGCUCUACCACCUCUGGAGUCGCCGCCACUUCUCUCCGUGCUCCGGUCUAGAGGCUGCUCCUCGCCCCUCAGCCGACGCCAUGAAGAUCAAGGAUGCCAAGAAACCUUAAAACAGAUAAACAAAAAGAAGAUAAAAAUCACCUGUAUUCCUGGCACCGGAGCGAGCUACUAUUAAUACUAUGCUUUCCCAUGGUUUGGCAUGGACAUUGGGGGAACUCUAGUAAAGCUCUCGUAUUUUGAACCUAUUGAUAUCACAGCAGAGGAAGAACAAGAAGAAGUUGAGAGCUUAAAAAGUAUUCGGAAAUAUUUGACUUCUAAUGUAGCGUAUGGAUCCACUGGCAUUCGGGAUGUACACCUUGAACUGAAGGAUUUAACACUUUUUGGCCGAAGAGGGAACUUGCACUUUAUCAGAUUUCCAACCCAGGACCUGCCUACUUUUAUCCAAAUGGGAAGAGAUAAAAACUUCUCAACGUUACAAACGGUGCUAUGUGCUACAGGAGGUGGUGCUUACAAGUUCGAAAAAGAUUUUCGCACAAUUGGAAACCUCCACCUGCACAAACUGGAUGAACUUGACUGCCUUGUAAAGGGCUUGCUGUAUAUAGAUUCUGUCAGUUUCAAUGGACAAGCAGAGUGCUAUUAUUUUGCUAAUGCCUCAGAACCUGAGCGAUGCCAAAAGAUGCCUUUUAACCUAGAUGAUCCUUAUCCACUGCUGGUAGUGAAUAUUGGCUCAGGAGUCAGUAUUUUAGCAGUCCAUUCCAAAGACAACUAUAAACGAGUGACUGGGACAAGCCUUGGAGGGGGUACCUUUCUGGGUUUGUGCAGUUUAUUGACUGGCUGUGAAAGUUUUGAAGAGGCUCUUGAAAUGGCAUCCAAGGGUGACAGCACCCAAGCUGACAAGCUGGUCCGUGAUAUUUAUGGAGGAGAUUAUGAAAGAUUUGGUCUGCCAGGUUGGGCGGUAGCAUCUAGUUUUGGGAAUAUGAUUUAUAAAGAGAAGCGAGAAUCUGUCAGUAAAGAAGAUCUGGCAAGAGCUACUUUAGUUACUAUCACCAAUAACAUUGGUUCUGUGGCACGAAUGUGUGCUGUUAAUGAGAAAAUAAACAGAGUUGUCUUUGUUGGAAAUUUUUUACGUGUCAAUACUCUUUCAAUGAAACUUCUGGCAUAUGCACUGGAUUAUUGGUCAAAAGGUCAACUGAAAGCAUUGUUUCUAGAACAUGAGGGAUACUUUGGAGCAGUUGGUGCACUUCUUGGGCUGCCAAAUUUCAGCUAAAGCAUCAGGUCUCUCUGUUAAUAAAUGUCAUCCAAGAAGAGCUGAAACCAGAGGCAUUAUCACAUUGUUUGUCACUGGGAACCAAAGGAUAAAAGAGUGUCAUAAGCUGCUGAAUAUUGCCAUAGUAAGAGAGAACUCGGUAACAUGAAGUAUUUCUAUUUGAAAUGUUUUCCCUAUUGUAUAUAGCCAGUGUUGAAUUCUUAAAUGCAAUACAGCCUCUUAUAACUGAGCUUUCUCUCCAAAAGAUUUUCUUUUUAUUUGAUGUAGCCACAUUGUAGUACUGUAUGUUCAAACACAAAUUGUCUCAGAAAUGUUUAGCUUAUGAAGAUAAUUGAUUCUGAAUGUUUGUCACAAGUCUUUCUUAUGUGUUUUGGUUACUGAUGAGCAGAGGAUAUACCCUGUAUUCAAAAAUUAUUGAAAUGGCAAUCAAAGAUGAUUAUUUUUAUGUGAUUUUAGAAAUAUGAAGGCAAUAUUAUUAAUAUAGUUUUUUUAAACAUAUUCCUCUGCCAAAAAGCAUGUUUAUAUGAUCUUUCCCCAGAAGUGUAACUUUUCUCAAAUGCCAUAGUUGAACUGAAAUACUAUUAUUACCUUUUAGCCUGAAUUUUAAAAUGAACCCUGGAAAAUGCACAUAUUUGGUGACAUUGGAUUUCUUGUAUUUUAUGAGUUAAUGAAUACAUGUGUAGAAUGUUUACUGUUUUAAGUUAUAAUUACUUAUUUGGGGGUUGAUCCAGUGAAGUUCUCCGUCUAUUCUGAUGGAAUGUGGUUUGAGUACCCUGUUAAAUGUGGUAAAGAACACAGAACACUUAAGUCCAAACUUAGUUUCUUUUUAUUAGAUCUGAACCAUCAAAUCUAAACAUCUUAUUCUAUUAAAAACAGCAACAAAGUCCAUUUAUUCUACAUGAAUGUUAACAGAAAUCUAAAGAAUGAAUUUGAAAACUUGGUGGGAAUCUGAGGCAAUAUUACAGAAUUGUGAAAGAAUCAGUGUUUCAUACAUUCUGGUGAUAAAAGAAUUAUAAUUCCAAAAUUGUACAUCCUUUUGCCUUGGAAUUUAUUCUCUAUUUUCAUUCGUAUAAUGUUAAAAAAAAUUCAGAUUUUGGAUGGCGCCUGUGGCUCAGUUGGUAAGGCGCCGGCCCCAUAUACCGAGGGUGGCGGGUUCAAACCUAGCCCCGGCCAAACUGCAACCAAAAAAUAGCCGGGCGUUGUGGCGGGUGCCUGUGGUCCCAGCUGCUGGGGAGGCUGAGGCAAGAGAAUCGCUUAAGCCCAGGAGUUGGAGGUUGCUGUGAGCUGUGUGAGGCCACGGCACUCUACCGAGGGCCAUAAAGUGAGACUCUGUCUCUACAAAAAAAAAAAAAAAAAUUCAGAUUUUUAUGUUGGCAAUAACACUGGAAGUCCAGUAGUUCAAUGAAGUUCAAGUCUAUAGUUUAUGGUUUAAUUAGGUGAAAAGACUUGGGGGAUUCAUCUCUCUAAAUUACUAAUAAAUUUGGGUGUACUUUGAAGCACUUAAAAGUGUUAAUAUUAUACAAAGGAAAUAAUGUGUUUUACAAACCAUGAUUUUGCUCAGUAGAGAGCAGUUUUCAGUAGACUAUCAAGGGGUACUUGAAAAGGCAUUUCUCCAUGCAAUUUUCAAAUUUUGUGCUCAAGUAUUUAAAAUGCAGUUUUGUUUACCUAAAGACCAUGAAUAUAUAAGUAAUGAAUGAGUAUUGGGGGGAAGCGUGUAAAGCUAAUUUUUUUUUAGAACUUAGACUAUUCGGAACUUUGGAUUCAUGUCAGUAGUUCGGUUUAUUUUAAAAGUUUCUAUUUGGGGCAUCUGUGUAGGUACGAAUCUAUUUGAACGGUAAUAAUUAUAAGUUUUAUACCUGUAGCAAACUAUACAUUAGCAAUUAUAGGUUUAGGGCAGUCUUUAAGAAAAAAUGGAAUGGUCAAAGUCUUUUAAUUUGAUCACUGUACUUUGGGUAAUGUGGAACUAUGAUUCAUACGUUUUGUCCUUUGAAACUGAAAUUAUCUGCUAAACUGUGUGUAAAGUGAACAACCAUCUUGCCACUAUUGCUCUUAGCUUUUAACCAUGUGGCACCUAGAAUUUCUGGAAUUGUGGUAUGAAGGCUGCCAAGAUUAUAAUUUUUUAUUAUGAUCUGAAGAAAUUCCCUAUGAGUAUGCUGUGGUAAAGAGGUCAGUUAUAGUAAAGCCCCAGAGCUCUGUGUUCUUCAGUAGUGCUAUCUAAUAAAAACAAAAUGUGAACCACAUGUAAUUUUACAUUUUUUAAGUAACAACAGGUAAAAUUUAUUUUAAUUACAUAUUUUGAUUUAGCCCAAAUAUCCAGUAUGUUAUUUCAACCUGUCAUCAAUACAAAAAAUUAUUUAGGAGGGUGUUACUUUUCUUUUUUUUCCCCCCCCCAGUUGGUCCUUAGUCUUCAAACUAGCGUAUGUUUUGUACUUAAAGCACAUCACAAUUUGGACUAACUAUUUCAAAUGCUCAUUAGCCACAUAUGAUUAGUGGCUGCUGUGUUGGACAGCACAGUUCUAGAGCUACCUUUUUAAAAUGAAAACUAUUGUGUGUCCAUCAAAGCUUUCUAAACUUGGCCUCUUUAAAGAACAUUUCAGAGGGGAAAAAAUAGGAACCUUAUUUUUAAAAAUACAGAGAGAUGGGCGGCGCCUGUGGCUCAAAGGAGUAGGGUGCUGGCCCCAUAUGCCGAAGGUGGCAGGUUCAAACCCAGCCCCGGCCAGAAACUGCCCAAAAAAAAAAAAAAUGCAGAGAGAUAAGAAAUCAUUUAUUUUAAUGCAGACACGCUAUAUUUUGACCAUUCCAAAAAUAUCUCAUAUUGCUAUCUUGUCAUCUUACUGUAGUAUGUAUCAUUUUUCUAGUGACGCUGAUAAAAUUAUCCAAGACAUAUAUCCCGAUAAUUCUAAACAGUCUUCAAAAUACAUUUUCCUUCCUUGAAAGAAAUGAUUCCAUUGACUUAAUUUCUAAAAUUGACUUAUUUCUAAAAUUCUAAUUGAACUUGAAUAGCCAACCUUUUAAAAGUUGAACAGCCAAUUUUAAACUAAAGGACUAAAAAGAGACCUUUUUAAAUUCAUUUUUACUCUUUACACAGGAAAGAAUCUUCCUUAUAACUGAUUCUCAACUUAAUUUUCAUUCUUAAAAAUCUGAUAACUUUUUCAAAUGUCAAGGCACAGAGUUGUUGAUUUGCCAUGGGGCUUGGUGAAGAACAUAAGAUCCAGAAUGAAUCACCAUCCUUACCACUCCCCUCAAAAAGAUAGCCUUUUAACUAGAGACUUGAAGAUCUAAUGCCUUUUAGUUCUACACCCAGACUUAAAGACUAAGUAUUAUUAUUAGACCUGCCAUGUAAUUUUUAACAUGGCAAUUCCUUGCUCAACUACUCUAAAUAGGUGGGAAAUUAGGGGGGACUAUUAGUUUGGGUAAGGUCAAUAUCAUUGCCAGUUAUAUACAUGAUAAUUGAAAGCCCUUGGAGAGGUUUGGAUUAUUUGCCAAAUAUUGGACUCCUUAAAAAAAUUUGUUUUUGUUCUUGCCUUUGAUUGUACGUCUGAUUGCUGUUUUUUAAGUAUCAGUUCAAGGCCAUAUCUGCAGCUCAAAAUGAAAAUCUUCCUCUUUUUCCAGUAGUAUUCUUUCCUUCAAAGAGUAGUCCCUUAGGCUUGGUGACCGUAGCACAGUGGUUACAGCGCCAGCCACAUAAGCCAAGGCUGGCAGGUUCGAACCCCACCCAGGCCAGCUAAACAACAAUGACAACUGCAGCAAAAAAUAGCUGGGCGUUGUGGCGGGCAUCUGUAGUCCCAGCUACUUGAGAGGCUGAGGCAGGAGAAUGACUUAAGCCCAAGAGUUUGAGGUUGCUGUGAGCUAUGAUGCCAGCGCACUAUACUGAGGGCGACAUAGUGAGACUGUCUCAAAAACAAAAACAAAAGAAGUAGUCCCUUACAUCUUGCCUUGAUUUUUAAGAUUGCAUUCUUUAGUGGAAAGAUUAGGUUGACAAUAGUUUUCAAAUGUUCUUAUAACCACUCCACUUACUAUACUGUUUUUUUUUCUGUUGAGUCAUACUGUUUUUUUUUUUCUGUUGAGCACUUUAUGGUUUUUAGUCUAUCGCAUUUGAGAGUAUAUAGUUAAGAAAUUCUUUAAAGCCACAUAAAAACUGAUAGAGGAUAAUUAAAAUGGGUGUACAUUAUUUUGCAUUUAACCGUUCUGUGGUAUGUGAAAACAAAGCGUUAGAAAUACAUUGCCUUUUGUAAUCUCUUUCACCUCAUUUAAAGUGAUUUGCCAUGAAACAGCAAUGAUGUUCUAUUUCCAAAUAAGCUAAUGUUUGUUUAUUCUAGUGUUUUAAUCUAAUGCCGAAAGAAUUCAGCCAACUUUGUUUCUGUCACAAAUAAUCUGUGAAAAUAAUGUGCUUUAUAUUCCUGCCUGUUUCCAACAUUUAAGAGAGUAGUCUCAUAUUUUCUACUGAGUCUAAUAAUCAGUAAAGACCAAAAAAAUUUUUUUCUUCCUUGAAAGUAUUUGAAUACCCUAUUCAAAAUAAUGGUGGUGUGAAAGUAAAUCUGACUUUUCUGCCAUACCUAAAUUUUGAAUAAUUUCUACUUUACAAUGGAAUGUUUCUUACAGCAGUCCCUGUUAUUUGCAUUUCCUGUAUAUUCAGUGGGUAGAGUGUCAUAAUUGGGUUGUUUUAGAAAUAGCACUAGUCACUGGUUAUUUUACAGUUACUUUAUUUGUAAAAUGAAUUGGUUUGUUACAAUGGGAAAUGAGUUCAGUUGUCAGGAUCCUGAGAAAGAUCAUUGCUUUAUUCAUGGCAGUAUGUGGGAUAUCAAAAACAAUUUUUUUCCCAACAUUUAGUAUCAUGGUUUGGAGUUAUUAAUGCUUAUAUUUUCAUAAUUAUUACAUAAUUUUUCCUGGUAUAUAUUAAUGGGUACUAGGUUUUGGAUUCUUACCAAACCAAUAGAAUGAUAUUAGUUAUUCUCAUAAUACUAUUUUACUGCCUGUGAGAUAUAUAUAUGUGUUUGUGUAUGUGUGUGUAUUUUAAUCCGUAAAGGUAUCUGGAAUUUUUACUGUAUUAACUUCAAAAUUAUAUGGGUGUUAUAACUUUAUCAUUGUACAAAAGAAGACAUCCCACUGAAUUCACAGAUGUCAGUAGAAUACAGAUGUUUCUUGACUUAAAAUGGGUCAUGUCUUGGUAAACCCAUUGUGUGUUGAAAAUAUCGUAAGUUGAAAUGCAUUUAAUACAUCUAAUCUACCAAACAUAGUAGUUUUUACCCUAGCCUACAUUCAGCAUGUUCAGAACAUUUACAUUAGCCUGCAGUUAGGCAAAAUCAUCUAACCCAAAGCUAAAUUUAUAUUAAGAUGUUCAGUUCAUCUUAUAUUGUGCCAUAUAUCAUUACCUGAGUGAUAAUUAAAAUACAAAAUUCAAAGUACAGUUGCUAGUGAAUGUGUAUCAUUUUUGCUGCUUGGUAAAGUCGAAAAAUUAGACCACAAUAUGUCAAGAACCGUCUGUAUUAGAUAUACUUGGGAUUUUUAGUGGCUUUUUUCUUUAAGCUCUUCCUUAUUUCUGAUCAUUUUCAGUGGGAUAGAUGUGGGAUGAACCUCUCCUAGAAUUACUUAUUUCUUUUGUCCAACACAAAAUUUAUAAAACAAAAGUUUAAUAGUCCCAGCUACUCGGAAAGUUGAGAUAAAAGGAAUGCUUAAGCCCAGGACUUGCAGUCCAGCCUGGGCAAAGUCCAUUACUGAGUAAGAAAGUUGGUGGAUGUGUCAUACAUAGCAGUCAUGUCUUCAUCAGAUCUAUUGAAGACCUAAAAUACUUUUUCCUUUAUAUUUGGAAUAAUCAGAUGGACAUAUCUCACAUUUCUACCUUACUAUUUAAAAUAAAUGUAGUAAUAAGCUGAUAAUGGGAUUUUAGGUACUACAGUUAGGGGUGUAUGAUGUGUUUGGGGGCAAGUUGAUUUUUUUUUUUCCUUAAGAAAAUCUAAAAAAUACUUUAUUUACAUUUUAGCACCUGUAGUCAAAAGGUUAGUUUUCUUUUAGAUCUUCAGUCUUUUGGCUGCAACUGCAGCUAAUUUUGUAUUUAAAAGAACUAAUAAGGAAUGUAUUUUUCAAAGUAGUAAAUGAGGUUAAAAUCAAGAUUUUGAAUUGUGGGCUGGGUGCAGUAGCUCAUGCCUGUAAUCCUAGCACUCUGGGAGCCUCAGGCAGGUGGAUUGCCUGAGCUCACAGGUUCAAGACCAGCCUAAGCCAGAGUGAGACCUCAUCUCUAAAAAUAAUCAGGCAUUGUAGUGGGCACCUGUAGUCCCAGCUACUCAGGAGGCUGAGGCAAGUGAAUCGCUUGAGCCCAAGAAUUUGAGGUUGCUGUGAGCUGUGAUGCUACAGCACUCUACUGAGGGCAACAAAGUGAGGCUCUUAUCUCAAAAGAUCUUGAAUUGUGUAAUUAUGCAACUAAUUAUUUUCCUCAAAAUUUCUAUACAAAGCAUUGCUAAAUAUGCAGCUAAUUAAAUUAUAGGAUAUUGCUCAUUUUUUAAUUUCUAGACCGUCUUUUAUACCUUGCCAUGCUUAUAGUUUCAGUAGUUUUCCAAGAAGACAUUUUAGUUUUGAUACAAUUUGUAAAAUCUACAUAAAAUUUAGCUUUAUAAUGUACGUCUGAACUUCAUCUUGAUACCAUCUGGCUCAGUCAAUAGAUGUCACAGGUAUAAAGCUAUUUUGAAAUUUGCCACUUUUCUCUGGGUGGCCCCUUUUAGUUUAAUCCACAACAUUUGGAAAGAAAUGAUAACUUUAUAGAACUAAAACCAAUAUCCUAAUAUCCAUGUCCCAAAUAUAAUUAAUGGCACUAGGAUGUAAGUGAUGUUAAGGUGGCUUUGUCAUGUCUUAUGCAUUUAUUUUUUAUUUGAACUAUAGCUAAACUCUGAUGUAACUGCACUUGAGUAGCAUUUGUCUUAAGUCUGCCCAGUUAUUGACUAAAUCACUUCUAGAUGUUUUUGUGUUCGAAUCUAAGAAAUCCUCUAAUUUGGGGGUUAAUUUUACUUAACAAGAUAUACCAUUUCAGUUUAAGUUGCCUUAUUCUUUAUAUUAUUAUUCUUGUCCAGUCUAAGGUGUAUCAUGUCUGAAUUCUAACACUGAAUCUGUGAUGUAAAAAUGUAUGAUGUACUACAAAAUUUUAUUCAUAAUAAACUUAAGUUAUAGUCUAUUGUAAUCUGUAAAACAUUUCUUGUAAAUUUGCCUAAUUUAUUUUUUCAUUUAUGUAUAGUUUCUUAAUGUGAAUUUUAACAUUUGUUGCAGCCUGUUCUAUAAACAUUCCCAUAUUCUUAACACUUAUUUGCAUGAAACAAACUUGGGUUUGGUUUGUUCGUAUUACGUGGCCAUUAAGCCAGCUUCAGGAACUCUGCCCUCUUUUCUGUAGUUUUAACUUUUUCUAAUUUUGUUCAUAUUCUAAAUAAAUAUUAGAAUCAUGCCUUUUAUUUUCUACUUUCUAAAUAAAUUCUGAGAAGUUGUUUAC